AUGGAGGCCUCUGGUUGGCCGGGUGGAGAAGAUUCUUCGGACAGUCGAGUAUAUGAGGUGACGGUGGUCCAAAACUCCACGGCUCCUCACGGUCACCCGUUCGCAGAUGUGGCCUUGCUGCAGAGCUUUAAGCCCCUUAUCAUCCCCUGUUACGUACUGGUGGUCCUGGUGGGCGUUUUCGGCAACUACCUGCUGAUCUACGUCAUCUGCCGUACCAGGAAGAUGCACAACGUCACCAACUUCUUCAUCGGGAAUCUGGCCUUCUCCGACAUGCUAAUGUGUGUGACCUGUGUCCCGUUCACCCUGGCCUACGCCUUCAGUGCCCAUGGCUGGACGUUCGGCCGCUUCAUGUGUUAUCUGGUGUUCCUGAUCCAGCCAGUCACUGUAUACGUGUCUGUUUUCACGCUCACCGCCAUCGCUGUGGACAGGUACUACGCCACAGUGCACCCUCUGAAGAAGCGCAUCUCGAUGGCGGCCUGUGCGUAUGUGCUGUCCGGCAUCUGGCUGCUGUCCUGUGUGCUGGUGGCUCCGGCGGUGGCCCACACCUACCAUGUGGAGUUCAGAGAUGAGGGUUUGACCAUCUGCGAGGAGUUCUGGCUUGGUCAGGAGACCCAGCGGCUGGUGUACGCUUACAGCACGCUAUUGCUGACCUACAUCCUCCCUUUAUCCGUCUGCGUCUCGUAUUUGUGCAUCUCUGUUAAACUACGCAACUGUGUUGCUCCGGGACAUCGCACACGGGAUCAGGCCGAAGCACAGCGGAUCAGGAAGAGGAAGAUCUUCAGGCUGGUGUCUCUGGUGGUGGCGGCGUUCGCUGUUUGCUGGCUGCCCAUCCAUGUUUUUAAUGUUCUACGUGACAUUGAUAUCCGCCUGAUCAACAAGCGGCACUUUCUGCUGAUCCAGCUGUUGUGUCAUCUGUGCGCUAUGAGCUCGUCCUGCUGCAACCCGUUUCUGUACGCAUGGCUUCAUGACCGCUUUCGUGCAGAGCUGCGAAAGAUGUUCACCUGCCACCGGCGCAUUGGGAUACCUGCAAACCACUGCGCCACGGCCAGCGUUGUACUAUGA